UCAAAGACCAAUGGGAUCUAAAGGAUAAAAUUUUGACAAUAAAUUUCGAAACCUUAGCGAAGAAGACAAGCACACGACAUUCAACCCAAAUCCAGAAACUUGGGUACUAGUCAAUUAGCUAAAGAGAUCAAGAGAGAGACGACGACGACGAUGAUGUUUCGCACUUCUUUGAUGCUUGUCGUGGCGGCUUUUUUCAUUGUCCUCGUCCUCGUCGAUUUUGUUCGCAGCGAGGAAUGCACCAGAACCUGCAUUGCACAGAAUUGCGACACUCUUUCUAUUCGAUAUGGGAAGUAUUGUGGGAUUGGACACAGUGGAUGUCCUGGUGAGGAGCCUUGUGAUGAUCUUGAUGCUUGUUGUAUGGUCCAUGACAGUUGCGUUGAAUCAAAUGGUAUGACUAGCAUAAGCUGCCAUAAAAAGUUCCAAAGAUGCGUAAACAGGCUAAGCAAAUCGAUAAAACAAUCCAAAAACAAGAAGGUUGGAUUUUCCACGCAAUGCCCGUAUUCGGUAGUCAUACCAACGGUGAAUCAAGGAAUGGAUAUCGGCAUCUUGUUCAGUCAAUUAGGCAAUGAUAUGAGAACUGAGCUCUGAGUUUUGCUGCGCAUAAUAUAAUGUAGCAGCCUUGGAGACCUCACAUUGGUAUUGGAGCUAAGUGUGCAUUGGUAGUUUACAAGAUUCUUUGGUGAUGAUGAUUACUUGAACAACUAUUGCCACUGUAAGUCGCAGAUAGAUUAGCUUAAUUCAUACACCAUUGGUUGAAUGAUUUAACAUGUAACUCAUAGAGACUCUAAUCAAGUGAUGGCUUUAUGUGCUUACAUGGACAUGAAAACACUUUUUUC